UCUGUCAUGGCGAUGUUUGUGAAUAUAUUUUCUUCUUAUAUUUCAUUUUAUGGUUAUUUUAUUCUGUUGUGUCCAUCGAGUCUCGCGAUAAAAGUAGCUGUGUAUCAUGGAUCAGAGAUGUUACAUAAAAUCCUCGAACCAGUUUAUACUGGUACCAUCUAUGUGCAGCAAAUUCACUACGACAGUGCAUUAGCUACAACGCACUUCUUAGUGAUCGACAUUAACGACAACUUGCAUGUCAUACCGUACAGUGAUGAUAUUAUAUUGGUAGUAGAUGAAGAUCCAAGCUCCUCUUUAAAAAUGUUUACUUCAAAUUUACUUAAUUUAAAAGAAAGAGCUUUUAAUAAACCUUUAAUCAAAAUUAAGUUGAAGAUAUGUACGAAGGAAAAUAUAUGCAUAUCACACACUAUUUACGAAGGGAGACUUGUUUCAGAUGCAACUCCGCUCUCACAAACAGAUGCCUUUUGUGCAGCGGAAGGCUGUAGGGUUAUAGUGAGUUUGUCAGAUAUCACAAUAGCCUAUGUCCUGGAAAAGGGAACGAAUAUAAGCACGUCGACAGCGUCUACAGCUACGAGACAACGUCAGACAGCGUCUACAGCGAAGAGAAAGCUGGUGACGAGCCGUCUCGCUGCUCCUGACCAGCCAGAGACAGACGCAGCCAGUGAGACCUAUGUCCUGGAAAGAAACGCAUCGAGUGUAAGCACGUCGACAGCGUCUACAACGACGAGGGAGCCGGUGACGAGCGUGCUCGCUGCUACUGACCAGCCAGAGACAGUCGCCGCCAGUGAGAACUGGACAGCGACUAUCGUCACGGUUGCGGUAACAUCGGCGGCGGUGUUGCUGCUGGCGCUCAUCACAGUGGCCUGCAUACGUCUCUGUCGCGCGCGAACUCCCAGUCAGCCAGCUUCAGACCGCUUUUUGAAUCGGUUCUACGUGAACAACCUGCUGCGAGAUGAAUGCAAUGCGGAGAUACGCGAGCGUGAGCGACGCGAUGCGGAGAUAUGCGAGCGCGAACGACCCGAUGCGGAGCCCGAAUAUGAUUACGUGUAUAACCAUACACAAAGAACUCGCUGAAUACUGUUACACUCGGCAUCAAACCAACAGUUUUGUGUGCAGUGCAGUGCCGAGCUCAGCUUACUGCGCCCACUGCUCAACAAUCCUUUCGUAGCUACAGGGGAAACACCUUCUUUGCACGUCAAGCUUUAACAAACUGCCCCUUGAGUUGAUCUUGUUGUACAUCCGCUACCACGACGAGGCAAAUACUUAUUUUUCAUUCAUUUAAUUUUUCUAUUAUCGUAGUAUUCAGUUUUUUAAGUAACGAUUAUAGAGUCCUAUGACAACAAUAACAUGUUACUAUGCCCUAUUCGCUGAGCUUGAGCCAAAAGGUAAACAAACCAUAAAAAUGGUUCUAUUAUGUUACGAACGAACGAACGACUGACAUGUAGUGAACAUAUUUUAUAAAAAUAAAUUCGGAAAUACUACACUGACGAAAUGACAAAAAUGUGACGUUUUGUCGUCGGUCGGGUUACCUACAUCUUUAAAAGUUUGAGAAACAUUGUUUUCUUUACACUUUGGCUCAAGCCUACUUGAACAGGGUACAGCAAUAUAAUUGUUACCAAUUUAUUGUAAUUAGUCUGUAAGCCUUCUUAAAAACGAAUAAAUAAACUAAGACGCUC